UCCCUGUUGCUGCUGCUUCACAACAAAAUGCUAACCACCAUCAGCCGCCUCAGCUUCAUCAUCAGGCUCGCCAGUCCGCAGUCCGCGGCGGCCGCGAGUCAGCUGCCGCUGCUGGUGCGGCACCGCGGCGGUCGCGGCAGCGCCCUGCUCCCGGCCGCAGCCGCAGCCGCAGCUGCGCCGUUCCGUGUCCUCAGCAGCCUAGGGCCUCCUCCCCACCACCCGCGCAAUGUGCGUGCAGCGGCAUGGUCGCCCGGCGGCGACGGCGCAGCAGGCGGCGGCGAACAGCAGCAAGGCGGCCCGUCCGAGCCGCCGCCGCCAGGCGACCCGCCAGCCGCCAGCCGCCAGCCUUCCGACACCGACCAGGCAGGGGACAUAGCAGCUCUGGAGCGGCUGCGUGUGGCAGGGCUGCAGCUUUGCAAAACGGUGGAGAUCGCUUGCGCCCGCGCUAGCGAGGGCGCCGGUGGCAGGGACGAGGGCGCGGGCGGCUCCAGCACAAGCAGCAACAGCAGCAGCAGCAGCAGUAGCAGCAAUAGCACUGGCAGCACUGGCCGUAGCAGCAGCCGCAUCAGCCACGACUUCUUGCUCUUGAGCCAGGCGCUGAUGGCGGUGAUGGAGUCGGCGCCGGAGGCGUUGCGGGUGCUGGGGGGGCACCAGGAGGUGCCGGGGGGGCAGCGGACGGCGGUCGAAGGCGGCACUGGCGGUGAUGAUGGCGGCGCUCUUGCUGCCUUGGAGGCGGGCACGGAGAUCCUGCAGGAGGCGCGCGGGUACCUCGAGGCCCUCCAGCAGCUGCGCGUGCUUAAGGACAGGGCAGACUGGCUGGAGCAUGAGUCAGCCCGGCAGAGCCGCACGAUGGUUGAGCUGAAGCAGAGGUCCGCGUGGCAAGAGCGGCUCACAAAGCUCACUGGCGCGCGGACGCGCAUCGCCGAGGCUGCCGGCAUCGGCAGCAGCGGCCGCCGCGCCGCCCACCCCGGCGAUGGCAGUGCCGCCGCCGCCUCUCCCAGUGGCGAUGUCAGUAGUGCCGGCGGCGCCGCCGCCUCUGCCAGUGGCGAUGACAGUGCCGGCGGCGCCGCCACCGCCAGCGACCAAGGCGUCAAACAUACUUAUAUGGAAACGCUGUGCGAGCGCUACGAGCGGCCCUUCCUGCUGGACUGGGCGCUGUGCAAUAUGCUGCUGAACGGCCGGACGGAGCUGUGCAUGUCGGCGGCCGGGAAGAGCGCCACUGCUGACACCUUCACGCGGCAGGAGUACCGCGAUGUGGAGGGGGUGGACAAGGCGGGGUGGGAGGAGGUUGGGGAGGGGGAGGAGAGGGACUGGGACGGCAGCCGCCGCGCCACGCGCCGCGCCGCGUUCGUGCAGGAGCUGCGGUGGGUGACGGGCAUUCGGUUCCGGUCCGAGGAGCGGGCGGACGCGGACGGCUUCGGUGUGUGGUGGGUGUGCGAGGAGGAGCAGGACAAGGAGGGGGAGGAGCGGGAGCAGGCGCAGGAGGCGGCGGCCGCCGGCGGUGGCAGCAGCGGCAGUAGCAGCGGCAGCAGCAGCGGCAGCAGCAGCGGCAGCAGCAGCGGCAGAGAGGGAGGAGCUAUACGGGACUGCGACUGGCUUGGAAACCUGUCAGUGUGUGGUGGCCUGGUAGGUGCUGACUGAUGAGUGUGAGACUGAGAGUGAACCGGUGAGGUCUGCUACCGGGUCCCAAGGGUGCGGGCUGUUUGCGCGCGGCGGUUAGCCGGGAGCCGGCGUGUUGGCAUGUGCGCUUGUGUCAGUAGGCAGUGUUGCUGUGGCAGCGUUGCGGUAGCCGUACUUUGCUGCCAGUUGAUUCACUUAAUUGGUU